AGCAUGUUACUGUACAGCCACUGCGUUACAUUUUCAACCCGUAUACAGGUACGAGUGUAAAGGGUUACUAAAUCACAGUGGGAGCACAUCAAAGUUAUGAACGGGUAUUCAUAAUUUCUUUGUAUUUGAUCUUCUGUCAUGCUCUAUCCAAAACAGGACGUCAUCAGAGGGCAAGGAUAUCAUCAACCAGAGGACAGAGCUGUUCCUGGCUAUUAUCCUCAAGACUAAUGUGUCUGCAUGUAACUUUGUCCAGUCCUUUCUGGGAUGGGAGUUUUGGAGACAGCGCUGUCCUGAAAGCACGUUUAAAACCCACUACAGCCUGGGGGUGACUAGUUCCAUGUUGCCAGAACUGCAGCAGAAUACCGUUUGCAUCGGAGCCACAGCCAUUCCCCCAUAUCCAACCGCCACAGGCACAUCGGCAACAGGGGUGCGGAGAACAGAAUGGAAUCAGACAGAGGCAGGAGAAGAGAAGUUUCCUCGACCACUGAACCAUCAAACACAGACCAGACUCCAACCCCUGAGACCUCCAGUCCACAAUCCCCUCAGCCAGACACAGACCAGACCCCAACCCCUGAGACCUCCAGUCCACAAUCCCCUCAGCCAGACACAGACCAGACCCCAACCCCUGAGACCUCCAGUCCACAACCCCCUCAGCCAGACACAGACCCCAACCCCUGAGACCUCCAGUCCACAACCCCCUCAGCCAGACACAGACCAGACCCCAACCCCUGAGACCUCCAGUCCACAACCCCCUCAGCCAGACACAGACCCCAACCCCUGA